UCACGUGCAUUCUUCUCGUCUGCGUUCCUGAUGCAGGGUGGGUCACGUGGUCAUUCUCUUUUCCCUAUAGUUCCUUAGGAAGAGCGCAACAAACACAGGCAGUUCUCCAGGGUUUGAGACACAGCCUGUGUCGCGCUCUCAAUCUCGGACAGCGCACUGGUCCACCUUGAUGCCGUGACUUUUGUUUCUUUGCAUUCAAUCCAAACAACAGAGACACUUUGAAAAUGGCUGGAGCAAUUAUUGAGAAUAUGAGCACCAAAAAGUUGGUGAUUGUGGGAGUAAUUCUCCUUUUAUUCCAGGCGUUCUCCUUUAUGGUCGGAGGACUGAUUGCUCCGAGCCCCACCACUGCCGUCCACUACCUGGCCACCAAGUGUGUGGACACUGUGAAAACCCACCAUAAGGGCUCCAAGUGGUUCAUGCCAUGGGGCCCCGACCAGUGCCGCAAGAUCAGAGACUUUGAUGAGGCCAUGGCCAAGAGAAUCGAGGCCAACAACAUUGUGUUUGCAGUCCACAUUCCACUGCCCAACAGAGAGAUGAGUGCCUGGUUCCAGUUUAUGUUGGUUAUCCUCCAGUUUGACAUUGCCUUCAAAAUGCAAAACCAGAUUGAAGAUGGAUCUUUGGUCACCAUGGAUGUUGGUCUGGCCUACAGAGACAGCACUCUGAGUGAGUGGACUGAGAUGGCCCAUUCAAUAGAGCAUCGCAAAUUGAGCUGCAAUUUCACUGCCACAAAGACUUAUGAGAACGAGGGGCGCUACUAUGAUUGUGACCUGUUGCCCUUUAUGGAGGUUGGCAGUGUGGCCCAUAAGUACUAUCUUCUCAACAUCCGACUUCCUGUUAAUGAACGCAAAAAAGUCAACAUCGGGAUUGGAGAAAUCAAAGACAUUCGUCUAGUGAGCAUUCAUCAAAAUGGUGGCUUCACCAAGGUUUGGUUUGCCAUGAAGACGUUCCUCACUCCCAGCGUCCUCAUUAUCAUGAUCUGGUACUGGAGGAGAAUCACCCAGAUGACCAGGCCACCUGUUCUCUUGGAAAAGAUUAUCUUUGCUCUGGGAAUCUCCAUGACAUUCAUCAAUAUCCCAGUUGAAUGGUUCUCAGUGGGUUUCAACUGGACCUGGAUGCUGCUGUUUGGUGACAUCCGUCAGGGCAUCUUCUACGCAAUGCUGCUUUCUUUCUGGAUCGUCUUCUGUGGAGAACAUCUCAUGGGCCUCAUCUUCCGCUUCAAGUUCCUGAUGUUGGUCACACUAGCAUGUGCUGCAAUGACUGUCAUCUUCUUCAUCAUAAGCCAGAUGGCCUUCAUCAUUGUAGCAGGAAUCUGCGCAUGUCUCUACUUCCUGUUCCUGUGCUUCAUGGUGUUCCAAGUGUUCAGAAACAUCAGUGGGAAAAGGUCGUCUUUACCUGCUAUGACAAAGGCUCGUCGACUGCACUAUGAGGGCCUCAUCUUCCGCUUCAAGUUCCUGAUGUUGGUCACACUAGCAUGUGCUGCAAUGACUGUCAUCUUCUUCAUCAUUAGCCAGGUGAAUGAGGGUCACUGGCACUGGGGUGGCUACACGGUUCAGGUGAACAGUGCCUUCUUCACCGGAAUCUAUGGCAUGUGGAACCUCUAUGUAUUUGCCCUCAUGUUUCUCUAUGCACCAUCUCACAAGCGUUAUGGGGACGAGCAAUCAAGCGGUGAUCAAGCUGGAAAUAGUGGUGAAGAAAUACAGUUGACCACCACCAUCACACACGUGGACGGACCUACAGAGAUCUACAAAAUGACCGGCAAAGAAGCUCAAGAGUAACCAUCACCUGUAUUCAGGCUCCAACAAGAGUCUCAAAAGUUCAAACAAUGAGCUUUUGCAUCUCCUGUGUGGUGCCUGUCAUUUCAAACACAGCCUCGCAAAUAUUAAUCCCCUUUUUCGCUUAUUGGCUUUCCAUUCCGCUGAGGUUCAGUCUAAAACAUCUGCUUAUGCCGAGCUUUAGAAAAAUGGAGUUGCACACCAUCUUGUGGGUGCUGGGAGAAAUUAUAAAGUGUAUCUCGUACUGUGGAUAGGCAAAGGCACUGGUGAUGGCAAGGACCAAUACAUUGGGGGGGAACAAGGUAAUUUCUUUUAAUUAUGCAGCAAUUGUUUGUUGUUUAAUGUAUUCUGUAGCUGAGAUCAUUGUUUUCCCCUUUUAUUUGGUUAAUUCCAAAACAAGGAAGAAAAUCUGUCAGCAUACUGUAGUUACGUAUGCUUUUUUUCCCAGUUGAUCCUUCCUCAUGACUUCCUUAAACACUCCCUACCAAAAAGUAAACACACCCAUUGAACCCAUAACGUGAAUGACCGAGUUCAAACCAAGGUCUCCCAGAACAAGAUGUGUAUGUAAAGUGACAUACAGAUAGAUUCAUGUCCUUGUGUUCUGAAUGGCAAACACUAUGUUCAUUGUUACAGUGUAGAGAUGUAUUUUUUAUAAAGUGCUUAUUUUCAUCUGUUUGAAAGCAUCAGUGGCUGUACUGUAUCAUUGUGUUGUUGAAAAGUAUCUUUUUGAGAUUUUCGAUUGUAUCACAUGGAAAUUUGGGGUUUUGCUUUUUAUGCUUAUUUAAAUAAUAAAAACAAUUUUAGAUUUGUUUGGUUAAAGGGACUUUGCUUAAUGAAACACUGGUGAACAGAAAGAUGUGCUGCAGUAUAGAAAUAAGUCUCAGAACUACAUUUGAUAUUUAUACUUAAAGCUUUCAUUUAAGUAAUAUGAAGCAGAAAAAAAUAAUCUUUUGCCCUAGUGUACAAUCUUG